GAACUUUUUAAGCGUCAUUUGCAUACAAAAGUUAUUGCAGUGUUCAGCCGGGGAAGGAAGAGAAAAAAGUUUCACCAGUGUUGGGAAAAUGUCAGCUUCCAUUGCCAGCUAACUGUUUUCUUUUAUAAAUAGCAACAUGAAGGCUCUUUGUGCAACUGGCAAGAAGAAGGAAUUACAGUGUUGUGGAAACGGUGACACAACUUCGUGUUGCGAUUAUCCCUUCAUCGCCACCGAUCCCGCAAAAUGCAGCCCUGUAGAACCGAAAUCUGUAUUUUCUGGACCAAACUUCAAAGUCGAUAUCGAAUUUAAAGAAGUUGGCUUCGCAGUGAAACUUAAAGGACGUGGAAGCUGGUUCUUCAGUUCAGAGGACAAAAUAGAAAACAAAGUUAUCUUAAACAAUGUCAGUGGCAAGUUCCAGAGUGGUGAGCUCACAGCAGUUAUUGGACCUUCGGGUGCUGGGAAAUCCACGCUGCUCAAUAUUCUUGCUGGCUACAAUUCUCGAUCGGCUGAAGGGAAAAUCCUUGUGAAUGGAGUUAAAAGAGAUGCACGGAACUUUAGGAAGAUUUCCUGUUAUAUAAUGCAGGAUGACAUCUUGAUGCCGAAUUUGACAGUUUUGGAAUCAAUGAUGGUUUCUGCGAGUCUUCACUUGAAAGAAUCAAAUUCCAAGGAACAGAAAAAACAAGGGAUCCUUGACAUUCUCAGUGUUCUCGGCCUCGAAGAAACAGCAGAUACUUACUUGCAUGAAAUUUCUGGAGGUCAAAGGAAAAGAUUAGCAAUCGCUUUGGAGUUGGUCAACAACCCUCCUGUCAUCUUCUUGGAUGAACCAACCAGCGGCCUCGACAGUUUGUCCGCGUACCAAUGCAUCAGUUUGAUGAAAACCUUGGCAAAAGGUGGCAGAACAGUCAUCUGUACUAUUCACCAACCCAGUGCAAAGCUCUUUGAAAUGUUUGAUAAGCUUUAUAUCUUGACAAGCGGUCAAUGUAUCUACAGUGGAUCAUUAAACGAUCUUUUGCCAUAUAUGGAAUCUCAAGGCUUGCGCUGCCCAAAGUACCACAAUCCUGCAGAUUUUGUCAUUGAGGUAGCUUCAGGAGAGUAUGGUGAUGUCACAAACCAUUUGGUAAAAUCUUGGAAAAUUCAGGAGAAGAAGAACGAGCUUGCCGAGAUGGAAAAGCAAAUACACUCACAGGAUGCGGAGUCAAAGUACGACAAAAGCUUCGCACUGCCUGCCGUUGUGACGUACAUGCCAGGAAAAUGUACGAGCGUUACGUCAAGCUCAGAAAGUUUAUUGGAUGUGGUCAGUCAAACAACACAGUUCUCGGUGCUGAUCAAGCGUUCCAUGGUUUCAAUUUUCCGCGAUCGCAUGUUUACUCAUCUCCGUCUCAUCUCUACAAUCGCUGUCGCUUUUCUCAUCGGACUUUUGUAUUACAAAAUUGGGAACAAUGGGGACAAAGUCAUCAACAACACAGGAUGCUUGUUCUUUUCAAUGCUGUUUCUAAUGUUCAUUGCAUUGAUGCCAACUGUGCUUACAUUUCCUUUGGAAAAACUUGUGUUCAUCAGAGAGCAUUUGAAUAAUUGGUACAGUCUGAAAUCAUACUAUUUGGCAAAGACGAUGGCUGACUUACCCUUUCAGAUAAUACUUCCUGCCCUGUAUUGUACAAUUAUCUACUUCAUGACAAAUCAGCCCAAAGAGCCAGAGAGAUUCGUCCAGUUUUUAGUCAUAACGAUUCUCACAUGCCUUGUCUCCCAGUCAAUCGGCCUCCUUCUUGGGGCAGUCGCACCAAGUGUUCCCACUGCAGUAUUCGUUGCUCCAGUUACAGGGAUACCAGUGCUGUUAUUUAGUGGCUUUUUCGUGAACUUUGACACCAUCCCCACGUACAUGCAGUGGCUCACCUAUAUUUCAUUUGCAAGGUACAGCUGGGAAGGAACGAUUGUAGCCAUAUAUGGCAAUAAUCGGGGCUCUCUCGAUUGUGACAAACCGAGAUGCAUCUUCAAAAGCAGUCAAGAGGUAUUAGAGGCAAUGGACGUCAGUGAGGAUGCAUUGUUUCUUGACAAUGCCAAAUUCCAUUUUGACUGCAUUGUUUUGGGCUUCUUUUUUAUAAGCCUAAGGUUGAUAACGUACCUUGUCUUAAGGUAUAAAGUAAAAUCAACGACUAGUUAAAUCGAUAGGUGUGAAAUCGAGGGUUGUAGAUCGAUUUUCGUUGAGAUUCGUUUGGUCUGGGAUGAAAGCUAGUAGUUUGGAUCAAAUGGAAUGGCAUGCCAGUGAGAGUUAAUACAUUUCCUUGCAACAAAGCGUUGCCAAGAUCGAAGCAUGUAAAGUGCGAUCCAGUUUAAACAGGGUCUAAAGCUUUGACUCUUGCUGCCAAAUCACGUUUAUAACACGGUGCCGAUCCCUUAUAAUUUUGAACAUCAGUAGGUGAACUUCGAAGUGUUUUGGUCGCCUUUUAGAUCACAAAUUUCAUCCACUUGAAAGGCUCAGAGAAAUAUUUUUGCGCAGGUCGUAUUAUUAUGCAAGAUUUACUAACACAGGAGCACGUAAACACACUUGAUUUAAAAUGAGAUUUAAGAGCUAGAAUAAAUUUAUUUAUACCCUACAGUCAUUUGGUUAUGGAUGAUUCCGCCUUGAGCUACAGUCACAUGAUAAGGCCUAUCAAUCAAUCCGAAAUCCUCGGUUUGCAUCUUGUGUUUUAAAAUGCCAUAUUCUGAGAGUGCUGCACCAAUCAACCUAAUAUAAUACUCGUAUUCACACUUUAAAUACAUUAAGUAUAAUAGAAGACUUGUUUUAUUUUUCAAGACUGCAUAUUGAAACUUUUCUUUUAUUUACAUUAAAGAGGAAAAUCUCAUACAUCUCUUUUGUAUUUUUGCUAAAAUUUUGCAAAUUAUGUUACUACCGUCAGGUACAACAUACAGUUUUUCGUAUUGAAUAUACAAGAUACAAUUUUGAAGUGAUCUUCUGUUUUGAGAAAACAUAAAUUAUUGUUUUUGAAUACCUUCGAGGUUUUGCCUCCAUAUUAACGAAUGCACAUUUUGAAGACGACAAUUUUGCUACUGCCAAGUUUAAUAUGACCUCUCUAAGUUUAGUGUGAAAACUAAAUUUGCAAAAUUUUGUGAAACAUUUGGAAAGUUUCUGCCUGACGAAUGUUUAUGGAUACCACUGUUUUAUGAAAGUAUAAUGCAAGCUUACUUUUGCCAAGUGUCAAUUGACCUUUCAUGUGACUCUUGACAACAAAAUUUUGUGUCUUGACACUGGACUAAUCCUCUUUGCUGUGUGGCAGGGUGGUUUUUACAUGUUUUCAUUUCCAAUUUAUAAAAUGUUUGUCCACACCAACAUUUCAGUCUUGAUUUCGCAUUGUAAAAUUACGAAUGUAAUAUCCUCAAGUUGAGUUUCUGUAGACCUCAACUUUAAAAACAGAGGGUUGUUUAAUUUUUCACUGUUGUUUAAAUGUAUAAUGAGCAAUAUGAUUGUAUUGAGUUUUUAAAUUUUACCAAAUAGAUUAGAAAUCGUGCAAAGCGAA